GUCCACAGGGUGAGCCAUGAAGGUGAUGAAAUGUAGCCACAAGAAUAUUUUUUCAGGAGUAGGAAAGAACAUGCAUAAAAACUGAUGGGUAGAGCGCCAUGACAUGAAUACCCUAAGCUUGCCCCUGAACAUACGCCGAGGCGGGUCAGACACCAACCUCAACUUUGAUGUACCAGAUGGCAUCCUGGACUUCCACAAGGUCAAGCUCAAUGCGGACAGCCUGAAACAAAAAAUUCUAAAGGUAACAGAGCAGAUCAAAAUCGAGCAGACGUCCCGGGAUGGGAAUGUUGCGGAAUAUCUGAAACUAGUCAACAGCGCCGACAAGCAGCAGGCUGGCCGCAUCAAACAAGUCUUUGAGAAGAAGAAUCAGAAAUCAGCUCACUCCAUUGCCCAGCUGCAGAAGAAAUUAGAGCAGUAUCACAGAAAGCUCAAGGAGAUCGAACAGAACGGAGCCUCCAGAAUCUCCAAGGACAACCUGAAGGAUAUCCAGCACUCCCUGAAAGAUGCCCAGGCCAAGUCUCGAACUGCUCCGCACAGCCUGGAGAGCAGUAAAUCAGGCAUGCCAGGGGUCUCCCUCACUCCACCUGUAUUUGUCUUCAAUAAGUCCAAAGAGUUUGCCAACUUGAUCCGGAAUAAGUUUGGCAGCGCAGACAACAUUGCUCACUUAAAAAAUUCCUUAGAGGAGUUUAGACCCGAGGCGAGUGCCAGGGUCUAUGGGGGCAGCUCGACCAUCGUAAACAAACCCAAGUAUGGCAGCGACGACGAGUGCUCAAGUGGCACAUCGGGCUCCGCCGACAGUAAUGGGAACCAGUCAUUUGGGGCCACCGGAGCGGGCACACUGGACAGCCAGGGGAAGCUCACCAUGAUCCUGGAGGAAUUGAGGGAGAUCAAGGAUACCCAGGCACAGCUGGCCGAGGACAUCGAGGCCCUGAAGGUGCAGUUUAAGAGAGAAUACGGUUUUAUUUCUCAGACCCUGCAAGAGGAGAGAUACAGGUACGAGCGACUAGAAGACCAGCUCCAUGACCUGACAGACCUGCAUCAGCACGAGACGGCCGACCUGAAGCAGGAGCUGGCCAGCAUCGAGGAGAAGGUGGCCUACCAGGCCUACGAGCGCUCGCGGGACAUCCAGGAAGCCUUGGAAUCCUGCCAGACUCGCAUUUCGAAGCUGGAGCUCCACCAGCAGGAGCAGCAGGCCCAGCAGACAGACACGGCGAACGCCAGGGUUCUCCUGGGGAAGUGCAUCAACGUGGUGCUGGCCUUCAUGACUGUCAUCCUGGUGUGUGUGUCCACCAUCGCCAAGUUCGUCUCGCCCAUGAUGAAGAGCCGCUUCCACAUCAUUGGCACCUUCUUUGCUGUGACUCUUCUUGCAAUAUUUUGUAAAAACUGGGACCAUAUUCUGUGUGCCAUAGAAAGGAUAAUAAUACCCAGAUGAAGCCGCUGGUUCCUGUCCUCAAGUGUCUCCUGGUUUUUAGAUUAAAGAGAACUCUGUGCAUACUACCAAAUUUUAACAUGAGCAGUUGUGCCAAUGAGGAUGACCAGGACUGGGACUGUGCUGUAAAUAACUACAACUCUCUUAUCUCGGCAGCAAUUGCCAGCUCGGUCCCCAUACCUGGUCAUGUGAAACUGUUCAGAGCUCCCAUGUUACUCACUGCCUUAAUCAGACCAGAUUUCCUGCCCAGCUGACUCGCCCAGCACGGUAGACCUCUGGUUAUUGAGCACUCGGCAUAAUUGGUGACUCAGAAAAAAGGGACUUUCAGUGUCUCUCUCUCAGAUCUCUAUCAUAAAUGAGCUCACCAUUGUUAGUGGUCACAUUUUCCCUGAGUCACGUAGCAGCAAAGAUGUGGCAGGACUCGGGGAAGGGAAGAAGGACAGGCGUUGGCCGUGGAAGUCCAGUAAACCCCGUGUAAUCCACCCCACAGUUGACCGUAGGUCCCAGGUGUGCCCAGUGUCCACAGUGCUCAACUGUGUGUGGCUCUCUGUAACAUGGAAAUCUUUUGACACACCAGUUUAUCCAUCCGAAGUCUAAUUCGUUGCUCUGUUGCACUUUACAUGGUGAGGCAGCAGGAUGUGUGAAUGGGGCUUGUGCCUUCUCAUUCCCAUGGAACCGUCCACCUGAUUCCACCUGAACCCGCUCUCGAAUGCCCCGCCUCCAAAGCAUAUAGAAAUGCAUCCAAACCCCUCCUCAGGCUGCAGCUUUAACAUCCAUUUGGGGUCCUGUCAGGACUACUGCAGAGGCUUGUGAUUCAACAAACCGUAAUUGUGAUACCCCCCCGCCCCGAGGUGUGAUUCACUUUAUUCGCAGGUCUGUGAGGGGUUUGAAGCUUACUCCGU